CUUAUCUUUCGACAUUACUCUCGCUCUCUCUCUCUCUCUCUCUCUCUCUCUCCCACCUCCUGCUUUCCUUUUCUCUCUUCUUGCUCUUCAAUCUCGGGAGAGAAUAAACAAAAUCGAAAAUCCAGAAAAUGGGCGCAACAGAUAAUCAGGGUUCGUUUCUGAACCGAAUCAGCAUCCGAAGAAACCAGGUGGUGUCCAUGGACGGAAACCACGAACAGGAGCUCGAAGACCUUGAACACUUCCAAAAGGACGUCGCGGAUCGCUUCUCCGAUCUCCUAUCUCCGCCGGAGGACUACCCUUCCGGCCCGAUUUUAUCAAUCGCUUGGGUCCGGAAGCUCCUCGACGUCUUCCUUUGCUGUGAGGCUGAGUUCAAAGCCGUUCUGUUGAUGGGUCGAGACCCAUCACAGAUUACCAAGGCCCCGCUCGACCGGCUCGUCCCCGAGUUUUUGGACCGCGUUGUCAAAGCACUGGACAUUUGCAACGCGGUCUCACACGGAAUCGAGUCGGUCAGGCAUUUUCAGAAGCUGGCUGAGAUUGCGGUCUCAGCUUUGGAACAGAGGCCACUUGGUGACGGCCAGGUGCGAAGAGCGAAAAGGGCGUUGCUUUCUCUGGUGACGGCGAUGGCGGUGGAGGACAAGGAAGGAGGAGCAAACAAAGCAACCGAGAGAUCUUGGUCUUUCGGUCGCAGACAGGGUGUUUCCGCCCCAAGUAAAGACCGAGCUGUCGGGCAUUUUCGGGCCUUGUCGUGGGGAAUGUCGAAAGGCUGGUCGGCAGCAAAGCAAAUUCAAGCGAUAUCGAGCAAUUUGGUGGCACCGAAAGGCAAUGAGGCCUCUGGGUUGGCUCAGCCGGUGUAUAUAAUGAGUGCGAUCAUGUUGUCUGUGAUGUGGAUGUUGGUGACGGCGAUUCCGUGCCAAGAGAGAACCGGGUUGAUAACUCACUUUCCGGUCCCGAGGAAUUUGUCCUGGGCGCAGUCCAUGAUCAGCCUUCAGGAGAAGAUCGCCGAGGAGUGGAAGAAGAAAGAGAAGAAGGGGUCGGCAGGAUUGCUUGAGGAGAUGCAGAGGAUGGAGAAAUUGGGGCAGUCUUUGAUUGAAUUUGCAGACUCGUUUCAGUUCCCCGCGGAGGCGGAGAAGCUGGAGGAGGUGGCGGCGCAGGUGGCAGAGCUGGCGGAGAAUUGUAGGAGGAUGGAGGAGGGUUUGGUGCCUUUGCAGCUGCAGAUCAGAGAGUUGUUUCAUAGGGUGGUGAGGAGCAGGACCGAGGUGCUUGAGGUGUUGGACCAAGGCGGGAAACACUCUGCGCCCAUCAUGUAACUUGUUCUUCGGCGUCAUAUUGCUCAAUGAGCCAUGAACAACUGGAAGAUUGUUUUAUUUUUUUGAUCUUGGAAAGUGGAUUAGUUUAGUUAUUAAAGGGGUUUCUUCUUGUAGGAGUAUAUAUAGCUAAUAGCCUAAUGGCUUCAGUCUAUAAGAUUGUGCCCAAGUAUAUGCUUUGCUUACCUACUCUCUUUUUUUUCUCCAUGUUUUUGUGUUAAUUUUUGUUUAUUUGAGUAUACAACUCGAAUUGAAAAGAGAAAAUGUACAUACCCAAUUCAGUUGGUGUUUUCUCUUUUCUGUUUGAUUAAAUUUGAAAUCAUCAAAGAUUCAGUGGUUCUUCA